AUUGAACUAAAUUUGACGGGCUUCUUUAGUCAAUUUCUAAAAGAGUUUUAGGGUUUUCCACUUUUUAAUUUCACUCUCCUUUUCCACUCUCCUCCUUCAAUUAAAAAAAAAAAAUCAAAACUUUGAUCAAUCCCUAAUUACCAAUCCUCUUUCUCUUUAUCUGAAUUCACUCAAUUUUAAUUACCAGAGAUAUUUUUUGGGGGGUUUGUUGGCCAAUUUUGUGCAGAUUGUGUGGCCACCUUGUGCUUCAAUAGAGAAUUGAAAUGCACGUGGAGUUAAGGAGUGUUUGUUAGGUUUAGCUUUGGAAACGGAGGGUUUUUGGUAUGGAUGUUCAUGUGAUUGACGAUGAAGAGGGGACGAGUCAUCGUGGGGUGGCCUACAAUGGAGAUGCAGAACCAAAUGACAGUGGAGAAGCAAAUAAUGGCGAGCAUGAUGAGGAUGGAGCUGCUGAGUUGCAUGAGCCAUGUGUCGGCAUGGAAUUUGAUUCGGAGAAUGCUGCUAAGACUUUCUAUGAUGAGUAUGCUAGACAUCUAGGUUUUAGCACCAAAGUUGCUCACUUUACCCGUCCUAAAACUGAUGGGGCCAUAGCUGCUAGGGAGUUUGUAUGUGGUAGGGAGGGUUUGAAGAGAAGGUCUGCGGAUAGUUGUCAUGCAAUGCUUAGAAUAGAAUUAAAGAGAGGUAAAUGGGUCGUGACACACUUUGUAAAGGAGCAUAACCAUUCAACUGUUAAUCCCAAUAAAGUGCACUACCUUCGGCCCCGCAGGCAUUUUGCUGGUGCUGCAAAGAGUGCUGCCAAAACUGGGCAAGGAGUGGGAGUUUCUCCAAAUGGUGAUGGCCAAGCAGCAGCAGUUGCUACUAGUGGUUUUAUCCAAGGAGGGGGAGUUGUUCCAAGUGGUGUAAUGUAUCUUUCCAUGGAUGGAAACCGCACACCUGUCUCGGAGACAAAUCAUGGAGUUAGGAACACUACCCCUGCUGAACCAACUCGUGUCAUUAAGACUUCUACAGCAGUGAAUUAUAUUGCUCGGUCCAGUAACCAAAAGAGAACACUAGGUAGGGAUGCUCAGAAUCUGUUGGAGUAUUUCAAGAAAAUGCAAGCUGAGAAUCCUGGUUUCUUUUAUGCAAUACAACUCGAUGAUGAAAAUCGAAUGGCAAAUGUUUUUUGGGCUGAUGCAAAGUCAAGAACAGCUUACACUCAUUUCGGUGAUGCAGUUACAUUUGAAACAAGUCCUCGAGUAAAUCAAUAUAGGGUGCCAUUUGCCCCAUUUACAGGUUUGAACCAUCACGGUCAAACAAUUUUAUUUGGCUGUGCAAUACUUCUUGAUGAUUCUGAGGCUUCUUUUGUUUGGUUGUUCAAGACAUUUCUGACAGCAAUGUAUGAUCAACAGCCUGCUUCACUAAUCACCAACCAAGACAAGGUCAUACAGACGGCAAUUUCACAGGUGUUUCCUGAUACUCGACACUGUAUCAGUAAAUGGCAUGUUUUAAGAGAAGGUCAGGAAAAACUGGCUCAUGUAUGUAAUGCACAUCCCAAUUUUCAAUUGGAACUGUAUAACUGUAUCAACUUGACUGAAACUAUCGAGGAGUUUGAAAACUCAUGGAUUGAUAUUCUUGACAAAUAUGAUUUGAGAGGACAUGACUGGCUUCAAUCAUUGUAUGAUGCUCGUGCUCAAUGGGUUCCUGUGUACUUUCGGGAUUCUUUUUUUGCUGUAAUGUGUCCAAAUCAAGGAUUUGAUGGUACUUUUUUUGAUGGUUAUGUGAACCAACAGACCACAUUGCCAAUGUUCUUUAGACAGUAUGAAAGAGCAUUAGAUAAUUGGUUCGAAAGAGAGUUAGAAGCAGAUUUUGAUACAAUUUGCACCACACCAGUUUUGAGGACGCCGUCUCCUAUGGAAAAACAGGCGGCAAAUCUUUAUACAAGGAAGAUAUUUGCAAAAUUUCAAGAAGAGUUGGUUGAAACUUUUGUAUAUACUGCUAAUAGGAUUGAGGGCGAUGCAGCUAUCAGCACAUUCAGGGUUGCAAAAUUUGAGGAUGACCAAAGGGCGUAUAUGGUUUCAUUAAACUAUCCAGAAAUGAGAGCAAACUGCAGCUGCCAAAUGUUUGAGUAUUCAGGCAUUCUUUGUAGACAUGUUUUGACAGUAUUCACAGUGACAAAUGUUCUUACAUUACCACCCCAUUACAUCUUAAAACGAUGGACAAGAAAUGCCAAAACUGGUGCAGGAACAGAUGACCGUGGUGUUGAUUUGCCUGGCCAAGAGUCUCUUACUUUGCGGUAUAACAAUCUAUGUCGGGAAGCCAUAAAAUAUGCAGAGGAAGGGGCAAUAGCUGUGGAAACUUAUAAUGCUGCUAUGGGUGCUCUUAGAGAAGGUGGGAAGAAGGUUGCUGCUGUGAAGAAAAAUGUUGCCAAAGUCUCACCUCCUGGCUCUCAGGGUGGUGGGACUGGUAACGAUGAUUGGAAGACCUCAACUUCAGCAUCGGAUACAACCCCAUUUUUAUGGCCAUUGCAAGAUGAAGUUACCCGGCGAUUUAAUCUGAAUGAUACUGGCACUCCAGUGCAAUCUGUUGCUGAUUUGAAUCUUCCCCGCAUGGCCCCCGUGUCGCUUCAGCGUGAUGAUGGACCUCCUGGUAACAUGGCAGUUCUUCCUUGUCUCAAAUCAAUGACUUGGGUGAUGGAGAACAAGAGCUCAACACCAGGGAAUAGAGUUGCUGUCAUCAACCUGAAGUUGCAAGAUUAUGGCAAAACUCCAUCAACAGAAUUGGAGGUUAAGUUUCAACUCUCAAGAGUUACAUUGGAGCCGAUGUUGAGGUCUAUGGCAUACAUCAGUGAACAGCUCUCAACACCAGCUAACAGAGUUGCUGUCAUCAAUCUGAAGCUUCAAGACACUGAAACAACUACGGGAGAGUCAGAGGUUAAAUUUCAGGUUUCCAGAGAUACAUUAGGUGCCAUGUUGAGAUCGAUGGCCUACAUUCGUGAGCAGCUUUCAAUUUCUGUUGAGCCCCAAGCAGAGCCUCCGUCAAAGAAGCAUCGGAAGUGAAAGCUUAUGUUUAUAGUCAACUAAAUUCCAGGUAGCCAAAACUGUUUUGAACGACAGAGGAAGUGUGUUCAUCAUAUUGUCUAUCGGUGUUCCCUUUGAUUAGGGCAUGCCCCCCUAUUGCCCCUUUAUUUCCCUCCCCCCCGUCCCAGCUCCCUUGUUUGUUUUGUAACAUAUUUGUACAUGUAGCGUGUCAGAAUUAUAAAAAAAGUGAGGCAUCAAAUAGUUACCUUUUUGGGUUUUUACCUGACCCAGAUGCCUCAUCUGUUCGAAAUCCUUCCCCAAGUUUAGUUAGAAUUGAUCAAAAGAUAAUUCGUGUUACGCCA